AAAGCGGCCAUCUGUAAGUUAGAGUGGCUUCCCCUGAAUUUCGCGCUAUAAGUUUACAAAAAAAAAAUGGCUGCUAUAGUAAAUGAGCAUGGUUGCAUCUGUUGGAAACAUCGCUAGUCUUCAUUUAUUACUGAAAAGUUUUGAUUCAAUUGUUUAAAAACAGAUAUCAACUGAACAAUAUACUGCCUGGAUCAUAUGUAGAUCUAUAAACGCUUGAGACAUUUUGUUAUGGCUGGAAUUAGAAGUGGAAGGAGACUAGUACAACUGUUACCAGUCAGAUUAUCUUUUGUCCCUGUCAGAAAUAAAAAAAUAAUUAAGUCAGAAUCACUCACUCUGUUUGAGUUAAAUAAGAAAGGGACAAGUUAUGAAUUACCUCCAGGUAAAAGAGAAAUGUUAAAUGUGGGUGAAGAGUUAAAACAAUGGUUCAGAGAAACAAAUGAAUUGAUUCAUAGGAAUCCAAUGCUGAAAUGUGAACAUGGAAAUUAUGAAGUCAUUUUUCGAUUCAACAAUCCAGCGGCUGUCAAGAGCUGGAUUGUGAGCACAGACAAGGAUAACGAUACUGGAAAAAGUAGUGCUGAGUUCACCUUCACAAAGAAUAGCACAGGUCUAUUUCAUGGCUAUCUCUCUAAAGAAGUGCCCAAGGAUGGGAAAACUAAAUAUGCUGGCUAUGCCAAUAUUACAUGUCCCAAGCCACUUAAAGCGUUCAAAAGAGAUACCAGUUGGGAUUGGUCACUUUUUAAUUGUAUGUUGCUCAAAGUCCGGGGUGAUGGAAGGCCUUACUCCCUAGUCAUUGGUUGCAAUUUUGAAUUUGAUAUCAACUGGCUGAACCGGUGGCAGUGUCCUCUGUAUACUAGAGGUGGGCCUUACUGGCAAUUAGCUAAGGUUCCUUUCUCAAAUUUUUUUUUAAGUCACCAUGGACGCAUUCAGGACAAGCAAGAGUACCCUGAAUUAACAAUUGUCAACAGCCUGGGCAUCACAGUAAUGGAUGCUGCAGAAGGACCAUUUGCCUUAGAGAUUGAAAGCAUAGCCCUCAUGUAUGAUAUGAAUCUCUCAGAUACAUCUAGAUAUGAAACUUAUCAUCUUAAAAAUUUCAUGGAUUGAUCACAGCUAGUAUUAAAAUAAGUAUAUACAAAAUUUA